AUGGCCAAUAUUUCAAAGAGUAAAGGCCCAAAGAGCAGAGCCCUCGGGGCGCGCCCUCGAGGUCUAUCGCUAAAACCACUUGAGGAUAUUCGUGUGUGUGUUGCCAAGGGGCGCUCAAUAAACGACGGUUUAUGGGCGGCAACGGAUUCUGUGUCUGGAGCGGCGACCGCUAAUAUCGGGGCGGCUCGCUCCAUCUCCUUCCUGGUGAACGCUGGGGGCGAGCGAACGGCGUGGGCGAUGGGCGAUGCUGCAAUCGGCGACGCGCCCCCAGACCACGCCCCACCCGCCCCGCCCCGCGCCCCGCUCCCAGCCGCCAACGCCCUGGCCGCCGCCCCGCCCCGCCCCGGGCGCCGCGCGCCGGCGUCAAUAAAAAUGUUAGAAAAUAGUUUCAUUAUGUGGAGAUGGUUGGCAGACAGAGAAUGGAGCACGUUGACAAGAUUUGAGAAGAAUCCCAAGAAACAUAUCAAAGGGUGACUUUCUUAAUUUUAUUCCAUUUGAUAUUGUUAAUAAUCGUUUAG